UCCAUAUAAUUAAACUAGUUCGGUUUGUUUUGACAAAACUCAAAAUGAUAAUAUAAUUCUAUCUUAUCAAGUAGUCGGAAAAACAGAAGGAAAUUAUUGUGCUGUGCUAUCAUCGUAUGUGCUAAGAAGUAAAUGUCAAAAUGUCGGUACAUUAUAAAUUCAAAAGUACCCUUAAUUUCGACACAAUAACAUUCGAUGGACUUCAUAUUUCUGUUGCGGACUUAAAGCGAGAAAUAGUGCAGCAGAAAAGACUGGGUAAAAUUAUUGAUUUUGAUCUACAAAUAACGAAUGCCCAAACUAAGGAAGAAUACAAGGAUGACAACUUCUUGAUCCCAAAAAAUACCACAUUAAUUAUUUCACGCAUACCCAUUGCACAUCCAGUUAAAAAAGGAUGGGAUCCGCCCGCAGAUAAUGCGAGCUCAAAUGCGCCAUCGAGCAAGGCAGAUAACAUAAAUAUGGAUUUAUUUAAGAUGCAGGGAAGUGAAGAGGACAAAAUCCAAGCGAUGAUGAUGCAAAGUACAGCAGAUUAUGAUCCUAAAACGUAUCACCGAAUUAAAGGACAGUCUCAAGUGGGCGAAGUUCCGGCCUCCUAUCGAUGCAAUAAGUGUAAAAGAGGUGGCCACUGGAUAAAGAACUGUUCUUUUUCAUCGGGAAAAGAACAAUUUGAAGUCAAGAGAACUACAGGCAUUCCGCGAUCAUUUAGGGGCAAAGAAAUUCCAACAGAACAAGAAACAUCAAAAUUCAUUGCAUCUACUGAGAAGGAUCAAGAAAUUCCAGAAGAUUUAAUAUGUGGUAUUUGCCGAAAUAUAUUUGUCGAUGCCGUAAUGAUACCGUGCUGCGGCAGUUCCUUUUGUGAUGAUUGCGUCCGAAACUCGUUGCUGGAAUCAGAAGAUAGUGAGUGCCCGGAUUGCAAGGAAAAGAACUGUUCCCCGGGUUCUUUGAUUCCAAACCGAUUUUUAAGGAAUUCAGUAAACGUUUUCAAAAAUGAAUCUGGAUAUAAGCUUGCAGCAUUUAAGCCUGUCACUAAAGUCAAUCCGGUAGUUGAGAAAAAAGAAGAAGACCCUGUUCCUGAGCAAGAACCUAUUCCAGAUGAGUCCAAGCAAACAGAACAAACGGAAGCCGACAAUAUAUCUCAACCACAACAACCGAUUAAAACUGAAGAACAAAAUGUUACCAAAAACAUAAAUAACACUAAUACUAAUUCUACGGACUCGGUCAAAAAAGAAAAAGAUAAAUUUGAUUCAGAUUAUGAAGACAAUAUAACAAUAACAAUGCCACAAAAAGUUAAUAACACACUACUGAUCAAUGCUGACACAAAUAAAGAGCAAUCUGUACCCUCAUACUCACACAAGUCACAUGGCAACAAUGUUCAUCCACGCCGUGAAGCAAACAUUGAGUAUAAACCUGAGAUGGAGAAAAAGCAUCAGUCGUACGAUAAUAAUGAAAGGAUUCGGCCCCAGAAUGAGCGAAGUCUUUUACCCACUCCAGUUGGCACUCACCACAAAUAUGCAAAUAUGAACAUGAGCGAGCAGAGAGAGCCGAACACAGAUCAGAGUCGUCAUAUGGGGCUAUAUAAGCCAGCAUAUAUUCAAAUGCCUCCCCGAUGUCCAACAAUGAUUCAUAUGCCCCCCUACAAUAACAAUGGAUAUAAUAAUAUGCCCCACAGGCCGCCAAUAAGCUUUGGCCACUAUCAAAACCAAGCACCUGUACAUCAAAUGAAUACAUCAUAUAUGCCAGGUGCGAACAUUAAUAUCAAUCCAUCGCAAACAUUUCAGUCCACGAAUUUGGCAUCUAUAUAUCAAGGAGUCGCAGCCAAAGUUGGCACUGGACUUAUAGAUGAUCCGCUUGAAGCCUUCAAUCGAAUCAUGAAGGAAAAAGAGAAGCAGAAAAGCGAUCGUCGCCGCAGUCCAGUGCAUCACAGAUCUCGAUCACCGGGAAGACUGCGGCAUCGGUUCAAGUCGCCGGUGUACGAUAGAGGCUCAUCCAGAGAAAUGAUCAUUAAGGAAAAGAGACCACGCUCCCGGGAAAGGAAGCGUGAAUAUAGCUAUGAAAGACGGCAGAGUCGAGCUACCCGCCAUUCAAGUCACGGAUCGAAUUCACCAAGCGACAAGAAGAAGAGAUAUAUGCAUAGACGUUCACCAUCGCCAAAAUCAAACUAUAAGAGUCGACCAAGAGAGAAGUCGGUAACCAAACCGUAUGCGCCCAAACCAGACACAGUUGAGCCACCACCGCCUGGUUUUGAAUCAUUACAAAUUGAGAGUUUAGCGGAUAAUGAUAUGAACUUUAAUAAUAAGGCAAUAGAUACUGAUGUGGAUAGAGAUUUUCAUGGGCAAACUCACUCCGCAAAGAGGCCAAGAACGUAUAGCAGUAACAACGUAGACAUCAAAACUGUUGAUCACAUUUCUAGAAGCCUGACGCCACCGGCAAAGUCAAGGAUUCUAAAGGCUUCUCGAGAUGAAAUAAAAUGUGCGGAUAUGUACGAGAGUCCUCCAAAAACACCCGACAGAAGAGAGCAACAUAUUCACAUCAAAUUGGAGAAACCGCAAAGUACUCAGUUGCUAAAUCUGGAGAAUGACACAAGCGCUGUACACUCCGAGGAUCAUUUGGAAUCCAAUAACAAUAUGGAAAAGGAAAAUAAUAUUCAGUUAAAAGACCGAAAAAAGAAGAAAAAAGUCAAAUCGGAGCGCAAGAAAAGUAAGAAAGAUAAAAAGGAAAAAAAGGAUAAGAACAAAAAGAGCCACUCGGAAAGUAUUGAGCCUGCACCAGAAAAAUUCUCUGUGGACAACUUAAAUAUGAAUCCGUGCGACGAAAUCGCUGAAAGCCACACAAAUCAUUCAAAUCAAAAGAUACUAUCGAAUAGCCUUGAUCUGGACACUUUAAAAAACAAUGAACCUAUAUUAAAUAUAGAGGUUACAACAGAUCAUGAUUUAGAUCGCGAUAAUAUCGAUGUGAAUGAUGUCCAAUUAUCAAAAUGGGAACUAGACGAUUCUAGCUUAACCAGUAAUUUAUUUGAUCCCUGUCGAAAAGUGUCUUCAUCCAAUAAAAUGCAAGACCAUUCUGAAAUAACAUCUGAUGUUAUACGCAAGGCGGAAAAUGCAAUUUUUGCAAAGGCAAUUAACGCAAUAAGGCCCGUUGAGUUUAAAGUUGUGAUCGAUACAAAGCAUAACAGUAAGGACACAACGAUUUCAUUGAAAACGGAUUGUAGAGAUCGCUCGCAUUCCCCAAAAUCAUCAGCUACCAGUAAAUCGGUAAAAGAAAGGCUAGGCAACAAAGUUGUUCGGGAGCGAGACUAUUCUUCGGAUCGAUCCAAGACAAAUCAAAGAGAGAACUCUGGCCGACAUGUUAGCGUUGAGAGAAACAAGCAUAGUUCGGGCAGUUAUAGCUCCCGGACAAGGGAAAAGGAUUCCAAAGAACGAAUUAGAGUAACAACCGAAAGAAAGUACGAAGAUAGCCGAAAUCCACGCAAGUCGUCGCAUGAGCGUUCCGACAGUCAGAAACACAAGUCCCAAUUCAAGGACAAGUCAUCCACAAGAGAUUCGUCUAGAAGUGAAAAGAGAAACUAUGACUCAGAUCGAAACUCGCACGGCAGUCGAAAAACAGGAGAGACGCGUCUAAUUUCAUCGAUUGCUUCCAGACCGUGUCGCCCGGACAAUCCAUUCAGAAAAUUCGAUGAAAACCACUCAAGUAGUAGAAGUAAAGUCUCCAAAUACGACAACUCAAUUAAGAGAGAUGUUACACCCCUGUCACCAUCCGAUGAAACUGAAUAUAAGAAACGUAAGGAUAAAAAACUUAAGAAACUAAAAAAAUGCUCGUCGACCGAAUCAGUGAAAAGUGAAAAACGUAAGGAUGUAAAAAGCAAAAAGAAGAGUAAAAUCUUGAAGAAAAAGAAAAAGUCCAGGAAAUAAACGGCUGAACACAAAAAUCAAAUCAAAUAAGGCAAAUCAGAAAUAUAAUUUACCUAAAAUUAAACAAUAUUUUAGUAUAAGAAAUAAAACCUAUUGUACAUGUACAUUAAAAAUAUUGUAAAUGUGAAAA